GAACUGCUCAGGAUCCACGAGCGCCAUGGCAUCCACCCCAGAGUUGAAAAUCGGCCAGAAGCUCAAUGAGGGCAAGACUAAACAGAUUUUCGAGCUCGUGGACCAGCUGGGACUGGUUCUAGUCCAGUCUAAAGACCAGAUCACAGCUGGGAACGCCGUGAGGAAAGAUCAGAUGCAGGGCAAAGCUGCCAUUGCCAACAAAACCACGAGCUGCGUGUUCCAGCUGCUGCAGGAGUCUGGCAUUAAGACGGCCUUUGUUAAGCAGCACUCGGACACGGCGUUCAUCGCAGCGCACUGCGAGAUGAUACCCAUUGAGUGGGUGUGUCGCAGAGUGGCGACUGGAUCUUUCCUCAAGAGGAAUCCAGGAGUCAAAGAGGGCUACCGCUUUUCUCCUCUAAAGAUGGAGAUGUUCUUUAAAGAUGAUGCCAACAAUGAUCCUCAGUGGUCAGAGGAGCAGCUGCUGGAGGCCAAACUGUGUGUGGCUGGGCUCACUAUUGGUCAGUGUGAGGUGGACAUAAUGAAUCGCAGCACUGUGGCCAUUUUUGAGAUAGUGGAGAAGGCCUGGGCCACUCAGAACUGCACCCUGGUGGACAUGAAGAUUGAAUUUGGCGUCAGUGUGAAAAGUCGAGAGAUUGUGCUCGCUGACGUGAUUGACAACGAUUCAUGGAGGCUUUGGUCAGCUGGAGAUCGGAGCCAGCAAAAAGACAAACAGGUGUACAGAGAGCUGAAGGAAGUGACCCCAGAGGCAAUGCAGAUGGUGAAGAGGAAUUUUGAGUGGGUCUCUGAAAGGGUCAAGUUGCUGCUGGAGCCCCAGGCAAGCAGCAGGGUGGUGCUUUUAAUGGGCUCCACCUCAGACGUGGCCCAUUGUGAAAAGAUAAGAAAGGCGUGCGCCUCCUACGGGCUCCCCUGUGUCCUCAGAGUCACCUCGGCACACAAGGGUCCAGAUGAGACGCUGCGCAUUAAAGCUGAAUAUGAAGGUGAUGGCGUACCCACUGUGUUCGUGGCUGUGGCUGGGAGGAGUAACGGCCUCGGCCCAGUGAUGUCUGGUAACACGGCUUACCCUGUGAUCAGCUGCCCUCCUCUCACUCCAGACUGGGGACCACAAGAUGUCUGGUCAUCCCUCCGCAUGCCAAGUGGUCUCGGCUGCUCCACCGUGUUGUCUCCUGAAGCUUGUGCUCAGUUUGCAGCGCAGAUCUUGGGGUUGAGGGACCACCUGGUGUGGUGCAAACUGAGGGCAUCCAUGCUCAACACCUGGGUGUCUCUCAAGCUGGCUGACAAGAAGUUACAGGCCUGCAGCCUCUGAAGAGCCCAGCGUGCAUCACACUGAACAAAAGAGCUUUGGUCCAUUUAGCACCCUUGAAGGGAACUGCAGGACUGACAAUGACACAAUUCAUUUCAUUGAGGCCAAGUUUAUAACAUGGAACUGUUUCUAAUAGAUUUGUUAUAGUUUCUCAAUUUUAAUAGAAUUUUAUGGAAUUUUUUAAUUUGUUUAUUUAUUUUUGCCUGCAUGUUGUUGCUGCCUGUGUUUAAUUGUGUCAUUUUUGUAACUUGCUGCUGCCCAUCGUCAGGUCUCCCUAAAAAAGGUUUUUGUUUCAGUGGGAUCUUCCUGGUUGAAUAAAAGAAAAAGC